AGUUCGUACAAAAGCUCAAUGAUUUAUAAAUUCCUAGCCAAAAAGUGCGCUAACAAUAUACAGAGAAAGAAAGAGAUUCGAAAAUAGGAGUAAUUGUAAUUAUAUUGACUAAUUUGUCAAAUGAGGACUCAAUUUCGGCGCAUUCAUUGCUUUCCACUUUUUCAGCAAGAUAACCCUCCCCCACCAAGUGGUCCUAGACCAGGUGGAUACAGACCAGGAGCACCCCUCACCCAAGUGCAUGGGGACCACCUCCUCCCCCAGGUAUGGGAGGACCUCCACCCCCGGGAUUCCGAGGACCACCACCUCCAGGUGCGUGGGGACCCCCACCUCCUCCUGGACCAUACGGUCAUGGUCCACCACCAGGACCGCCGCCUCCUGGAUACAUGGGACCACCACCUCCAGGUCCUCCGCAUGGAUACGGAUACCCACCACCAGGACCCCCUUACGGAGGACCACAUCUCAUGGGGGGACCUCCUCCACAACAUGGAGUGAUGCCCCCACCCAACGGAGCCCCGCCUAGAGGACACUGGGGACCACCUCCCAUGAACAACGGCAUGGCUCCCCCACCACCUCCACCGAUGGGAGGAGGGGGACACCGUCAUCAGAACCCCUACGGAGCACCACCGCCUCCCCCGCCACCGAGAUAAAAAGAAAAGAAACUCGUAGUUUGGAUGGAAUUUUAUGUUUAGACUAUUUUUACAUGUGACUGAACCGAUAUGUAUUCACUUGUUUGCUGAGUUUUGAUAUUGUA